AUAUCUACAUCUAUCUGUUAUCAAAUCGAUAUAAUAACAAAAAAUGUUGUGAAUGACGUCUCUCAAUAAUAAUCGGAGAAUAAUCUAAUGCGUCUUUAAACAUAUCAUGCUAAUGAUAUAAUAAUUACAAGUACUAUUAUGAAAAAAAUAAGCGUAUCUGCUAUCAUCCUUUGCGCAUCAACAAAUUUCUCAAUAACAAUUUCGUAAAUCGAAAGUAAUCGAAAGUAAAAUGCUAGGCAUUUAAUAUUCAACUUCUAAUUGUCUCAUUUUCAUAAACUCGUCCGGCUUCAAUUAUUUAAACACAUUGGGAACGACAUGAUAACAAGUGCUCAUAAAAAUAACUUAAAAUAGCAAUAGAUAUAUUUUAUUUUACGACGUGAUAAUUUCGAUAUUUGUAUCGAUACUGUGCAAGUCUUCAACAAAACCAUUUUCCGAUCAAUGAACUCGAAAGCAUUUGUGCCACAAAUAUAAUGCAACACAAUAUAAAAAUGUGUAUAACAUUUUAAUUGACAAUUAAUCGAUAUUAUUUAUCCAUUUUCGACCAGAUAACUGCGAGAAUUAUCGCGCCACUCAUUGAAAUAACUUGAAGGCAGUUGAAGAAAAAAUUAAAUUUUUAAAGGCUGAGAAUCUUGGAGCUCUAAAAUUUUGCAGUUGAUAACGAAAAGUCGUAAACGAGCCGGCAUACAUGCAAUUUUGACUGAUAAGCAAUUUUCAUCACGUAGAUAAACGAUUCCCGCUCAUUCUUACUCGUCAAAGACAAAAAAAGAAUUAGCUUAGUAAUCAAGAAGCAUAUCGAACUUAUUAGUAUAUUCUGUGAGAUGUGCAGUAAAGAAAGAGACUUUACGCGUGAGGUUCGCGAGACUUUGCAAGAAAAAUGAAUAUAUAAAAUAGGCUACUCGAAAAAGCUAUAAAAGUGCUCCUACAUAAUUGAAAAAAAAGAGGAAUCUUUAAUAAAGAUGGCAAAACCUGUAAUGAUUAGUAGCGAUAUUAAAGCCGACGAGGCGAUAUCACAGAUGGAAUCUUCCUACAGAAACAGAUGCAGACAAUUCUUUGGAUGGACAAAAUAUAUAUCGGUAGAGCCAACAAUGUGGCUUUACAUGAUGGCAUUUAUGUUUACAUCGGUGGUCGAGCAAGAUUUCUUUAGGCACAAAGCAUGCCGGGUCGAUCACGGAUAUUCCGAAGAAAUCUGCUCCAAGUUAAACGAUGAUAAUAAUAAAGCGAUAAAAACCGAAGUGCAGAUAACCGUCUCGCAAUUCCAUCAAUGGAACGACAUCGCCGGACAUGUGAUGCCUAUCAUCUUGGCGAUGUUCUACGGGAACUGGAGCGAUCGGCGUGGCCGCAAAUUGCCGCUCGUCUUUGGCUUGAUGGGCAAAUUUAUCUACUCUUUCAUGGUGGUCAUCAAUUCGAUGAUGGACACGUGGAAACUGAACACGGUGGUGUACACGGCCACUCUGCCAAUGAGUCUGCUAGGAGGCGACGUUGCGAUCUUCGCUAGCUGCUUCGCGUACAUAUCGGACGUGUCUUCCGUUCAACAGAGAACCCUGAGGAUCACAAUUUUGGAUGUCGUUUAUCUCAGUACGAUGCCAUCGGGAGUCGCACUUGGAUCUUACGUCUUCAGUCACUUGGUUAACUCGUCCUACACGAUUAUGUUCAUCGUGAACGCCACCUUGCUUGCGUUAGCGAUUGUUUAUUCAUUCGUGUGGCUCAAGUGGCAAACAUCAUCCCGACAGCAACCGUUCUCCGGCACCAAUUGGCUGGUAGACUUCUUCGAUAUGAGACAUGUCGCCACGACGAUGCGAACGUUGGUGAAGUCGAGGCUGAACCACGGCAAACUCCACUUGUGGUGUCUCCUGCUCGCUAUGUGCCUCUAUACAUUCCAGAGAGACGAAAAACCGAAGACUCAGAUGUAUACCUCACUGAUCUUCAAAUGGGACGUGACAGACUUCAGCAACUUCAAAACAUUCCAAUCGACACUCUUCGUGUUGGCAAUGCUCAUCGGGGUGCCUAUAAUGAGCAAAUUAAUAGGAAUGAGAGAUACCUUUAUCGUAGCAAUCGGAGCAAUAGCGCACGCAUCCGGAAGAAUAGUAUUUGCGUUAGCGGAACGACCGGAACUGUUUUACGUAGGUGCUACUGUUGCUGCGUUAGGACCCGUAGUAGCCCCUGUACUCAGAUCUAUGACCUCCAAACUUGUAGACGUAGAAGAACGAGGAAAAGUAUUUGCGAUGCUCUCCGUUUGCGAUAAUGCGGUCCCGCUAUUCAGCGGUGUUUUAUAUUCUCAAUUGUACAAUGCAACUAUAAAGACUGCACCAAGUUCUUUCUAUUGGUUGACGUUUGCCACGCAGAUCACUGUGCUUCUGCUUAUUAUGUUGAUUCAAUUUUCAUCGUGGUCUAAACAUGCGACCGAACAACAAGAUUACAUUGAUGACGAGGUUGUGGCUCCAUCAUUAGCUAAUACUUCUGAAGCUAAUUCUUCCAAUAAUAUAACCGUAUAACAAUAAGCUAAUUUCAGACUGCUCAAAGAAAAACAGUCUGAUAAAAUAUAUUAGAAAUUGCCAUUUAUUUUAUAAUACAUCAAAGAUCAGAAUUUGUUAGUAUUGAUAUUUCAUCCUAUCAUCUAAAGAAUGUACAAAAUGCAUUUUACAAAACUCAGGGUUCUCUUUAAUAGGUUUCCUUUAAUUUUUUCAAAUAUGCUCGUCAGCUUUAUAUUUACAUAUCAUUAUAUUUCAGGAAAAUAUCAAAUUAUCUUUUUAGGUCUUAUAAUAAAGUUGUAAGUUUUUUUAUAAGCAUGUAUUUAAAAGAUAGGAAGCUGAAUUAUUAAUGCAUUCGUAAUCUCGUAAGCCUUGCAAACAAUGUAUUUAAAGAAUAGAGCUCAAUUAUUUAUAUUCGUAUACGAUAAAACAUUAUAAAGCAUAUUACAUAGAAACCAAAUAUUUAAGCAAGUUUAUUAAUUAAUAUUUUUAUAAAAUAUAAACUAAAUUACAUAAAUAUAUAGAAUCUAAUAAUACGCAAAUUAAAAUGUUCAUUUUUUACGAGAGAGAGAGAGAGAGAGAGAAUAUUAGGACAUAUUUUUAUGUGUAAUAUACACUUAUAUAUGUAAUACAAAAAAACGUUUUAUGUGCCUAUAAUGAUGUUAUACAAAAGCAAUUCUAAAUAAAAAAUUUAAUUUUAAAGAAAUUUAAUUUAAGAAUCUGAAAAUUAAAAUUUCUAAAGUGUAAAUGCGUCAAUGUAAUUGUUAUGAAUCUGAAUGGUUAUUUAUAUGUAUAAUAGUAUUAUAUUAUUAAGUU